CCCGUGCGGAAUGGACCGAACUUGAGCCAGUGGGAAUAAAUUACCUGUAUUGUAAAGAAGUGAGUUACCACAAGAACCUUGAAAUUGGAAAUAGGUGAUCCCUGGUUUAAAAAUUGUAAAGUUCAGUGUCCAUAUUGCGUGAUAUUUUGAGAAGAGGAUUUUAAAACUGUUUUCAAAGUGACUAUUUACGAAAUAAAUAGCGGUAAACAGUACACAAAAAUGUCACCGAGCGGGGCAGUUUAUCAGCCCACGACGGUUACUUAUGAAGCCAACGCAUCGCCGCAAGAAAGAUGGUCCGACAGACCUAUAAGCUACUUAACAUCAUUCACCAGGACAUCUGGUAACCCCUGUGGUUUGACGUGUGCCCCCAUACAUGAUAACAUCCCUACGCUAUUCCUAGGAGCAGGGGCUAUAUGUGCGGUAAUCGGUCUCAUACUUCUAAUCAACGGUGCCAUUUUCUACUCAGAUCCACAGACUAUCGGCGAAGGCUUCUACUUAACCUGCACGAUACUGGGUGCACUCAUCUUUUGCGUGGGCGUCUUUCUCUUCGGAAUGUUUCUUCGUCAGUCACGAAGAUUGUGCUGCCGUACGGGUAAAGACCCGCUCGAUCCCGUUACCGGCCAAGCUCUCACAGUCAAUCCGUCCACCGAUCUACUGGUAGCGGCGCAGUACGCUCCCGUCUCUGAAGUCGCCUAUCAACCUCCAUCCGAAGACACCGAACAAAGUAAACUGAUGCCGCAAGAGCACAAAGACGAAGAUACCGACCGAAUGAUCGAGAGGGACCCGCGGAUCGUGCUCAGUCCGCUGAAUCCGACGACGCACGAGGACACCUAAGCGCCGAAGACCACUCGAACAGAAAAAUCUCUAUUUUUUUCAUUGACUGUGUAAAGUUUAAUGCUUCCAAUGUUAGUGUAAGACGGAACGGUAUUAGGUGCUUGCGAAACUGAGCUA